UUGGUAAACUCAAAACUUGUCGCUUGCUUAUUAGCGUUGUCCUACCGCCGCCGACGAAGUGUAAAGACCCAUUCAAGCUUCUCGUAUCAAAACUGAAAUAGCCCUUGUUCCAUAUCCUAUCAGAUGUGCUAUCGACAGCUGCGUUUCACCAAAAAUACGGCAUGCGGUCAUCUUACAUUCCAAGGCGACACUUACAUUGACUGUCUUGCACGAGACUGCAUCCUCAGCACAAAUCAUCCGACCACGUGCGGAUCACCGGCGAGACCAUGCAAUUGCCGUCGGUAUUAUAGUCAACCCCAGCGGCUGAUCACACCAGAACGUCCCUCCGGAAUAUGUCCACAGUGCCCCCAAUGACAAGAUCCAGCUAAUCUGACAUAUCUCACCACUGGCUGCGACACUCUGUAUAUAUAUAUAUCACGUCUUGGAUCACCUAAUGCAUUC